GCAACCAGCAGAGGAUCAGUGCAUAAGAAACCAAACAUGACACCUAGAAUAUCAGCCAUCAUUGUGUUGUUGGCCGGUGUCACCUUUUGUUAUUCCAUCCCUAUUCCGGUGGAGGACAGCGAUGAAGUCAAUGAGAAAGAUCUUCGCUUUGCACAGAAAUAUCUAAGCACUUUGUACAGUUCUGCAUCCAACCCCAUUGGGUUUCUAAGAAAGAAUGGAGCUAAUAGUGUGGUGGCCCAGCUAAAGGAGAUGCAGGCCUUCUUUGGUCUGGAUGUGACGGGUAAGCUGGAUGACGAAACGUUGGAAAUUAUGAAACAGCCAAGAUGUGGAGUUCCAGAUAUAGGAGAAUACAACUUCUUUCCAAGGAAACUUAAAUGGCCACGACACAACCUCACCUACAGAAUUGUUAACUACACCCCAGAUUUACCACCCGCAGACGUGGACAGGGCUAUUAAGAAAGCAUUGAAAGUAUGGAGUGAUGUCACCCCAUUAAACUUUACCAGACUGCGCUCCGGCACUGCUGAUAUUAUGGUUUCCUUUGGAAAAGAAGAGCAUGGAGACUACUACCCCUUUGAUGGCCCCAAUGGUUUGCUAGCUCACGCUUUUCCCCCUGGAGAGAAAAUUGGAGGAGACACUCACUUUGAUGAUGACGAAAUAUUCACCAAUGACUUUAAAGGCUAUAACCUGUUUAUUGUGGCUGCGCAUGAAUUUGGCCACGCUCUGGGCCUUGACCAUUCCAGAGAUCCAGGAUCCUUGAUGUAUCCAGUUUAUAGUUACGCGGAUACCACCGGCUUCGUUCUUCCUGAUGAUGAUGUGCAAGGGAUUCAAGAACUAUAUGGACCUGGUCAUAGAGACCCAAACCCAAAACACCCAAAAACACCUGAAAAGUGUGACCCAGACCUAGAGAUUGAUGCAGUCACUGAACUAAGAGGAGAAAGGUUUAUCUUUAAGGACAGGUUCUUUUGGAGGGUUCAUCCACAGAUGACAGAUGCAGAGUUAGUUUUGACUAAGUCUUUUUGGCCUGAACUUCCAAACAAAAUUGAUGCUGCUUAUGAAUAUCCACAGAAGGAUCUGGUAUACAUAUUUAGAGGGAAAAAGUUUUGGGCUCUCAAUGGAUACGAUAUAAUGGAGGACUAUCCUAAAAAAUUAUAUGAGCUUGGUUUUCCAAAAACUCUGAAAUCUAUAGAUGCAGCUGUUCAUAAUGAUGCAAAUGGCAAAACAUAUUUCUUCACUGGAGAAAAGUAUUGGAGCUAUGAUGAAGAAAGUAUGAGAAUGGAUAAAGGAUACCCCAGGCUGAUAGCAGAUGACUUCCUAGGUAUUGGGGAAAAGGUGGACGCAGCUUAUCGAAGAAAUGGUUAUAUCUACUUCUUUAAUGGACCCCUUCAAUUUGAAUACAGCACCUGGAGUAAGAAAGUGACCCGAUUACUGAAGACCAACUCCAUUCUUUGGUGUUAAUUCUGGGCAUAACCACUGUUCUCCAUCACGGCAGACCGCUGAGGAGCCAUGUGCCAAGUUUGCCGUCAGGAGCCUGUGCUUUAUAUGGCGCAGGAUUUACAAUGAAUAUUACUAAUUUGUCUCAUGGUCCAUUCUGUACAACGCACAGACACUACAGACGUUCCUUGCUUGCUCUUUUAUUUUGUAUCAUGUUGGUAUGAGUGAUGUUAGUUAUUUAUAGUUUUUAUAACUUCCAGAAAUCCAAUAUGUUACUAUUCAUUUUAUUAGAAAAUAUGGAGUGAAGUACUCUGCACAUUGUGUCACCAUAGGGAUUUUUGACAAUGUGGGGGUAAAGUGCAACUUCAGUUUUUGAGUAAAUGUUACCCAAUUGCUAUUGUGUGGUAUAGGUGGUAGUCUAGCACCCACACUGAUAAGCUGAUUAAAGGGGCCACGGUGCUUGUGUGAGUGCUGCAUCCUCUUCAUUGCCUUCCAGGCACAGUUCCAUACAUGCAGCUUGUCCUAUUGAAGUAGGGGAUUUGAAGCUCUUUCUUAGAAAACAGAGCACUAACUCCCUAUGGAGAUAUAUUAACACAUUAAUCAGCUAUUUUGGACACUUAAAGGACCCUGUUAGACCUCCAUAUAUUUGGAGACCAUUGUUGUAGACCAUCUAUAUUAGUGGUCUCCAAACUAUGGACCUUCAGAUGUUUGGAGACCACUGCUGUAGACUGUAGACCAGUGGUUUCUAAACUGCAGACCUCAAACUAUUGCAAAACUACAACUCCCAGCAUGCUGGAAGUUUUAGUUUUUCAACAGCUGGAGGUCCACCGCUUGAUCUGAUCUAAAACAAACUUCUAUCUUCCCAUAGCUAAUGUCUAAUCUCCUGCAUAUAUCAAUGCAUGUCCGCACUCUCAAUAUAGAAACCUAUAAGUUAUAGGGCAGAGCCCUUAUUAACCAUAAUACUGCUGGCAGAGAACAAGCCGUGACCAAAUUAUUGGACCACUGUUUUGGAUGAUAUUUUGGAUGAUAUAUUUUUUUAGCUAUUUAUUAUAUCUUGUUUUAUGCAGUAUAAGGUUUUUGGUCCAAACUUUGUUUCUUUUUUGGGGUUUAUCGUAUUCAUAAGUAUACUGUGUUUUUAAUGUAGAAUAAUAACUUGUGUUUGUAGCAUAAGUGUCGGUGUCAACUAAAUUAACAACAUCCAUGAUUUGGAAACUUUCACAAGUGCUGUCUAUUCAAUAGGAGCUUGUGAUGACCCUGACUGCUUUCUUUCCUAUGGACAGGCGACAGAUCCACUUCAGUCACUUGUAUGUUCACUCUUCAUAUGUUUGUAUUUUUGCAAUUUGAAAAUAAA